AUGACCAUUUCCACCAUCCCAAUAUGGUUAGACUGUGACCCUGGCCAUGACGAUGCUAUCGCCAUUCUUUUGGCAUGUUUUCAUCCUGCAUUCAACCUAUUAGGAAUAUCUACAUGUUUUGGUAAUUCAUCUCCAGAUAAUACUGAUUAUAAUGCAAGGUCAUUAUUGACUGCAAUGAAUAAAAUCAAUACCAUCCCUAUAUAUCGUGGAGCACAAAAACCUUGGGUCAGAAAAGAUUUAAAAUAUGCACCAGAUAUCCAUGGUGAGACUGGGUUGGAUGGUACCACAUUAUUACCAGUACCAGAAAGAGAAGCAUGUAGUGAUAUGACCUAUUUAGAUGCUAUGGAACAAGCCAUUUUAAAACAUGAAGGAGAGAUAUCUUUAAUCUCUACUGGUGCAGUGACAUCGGUGGCUAAUUUAUUGAGACUAAAGCCAGAUCUAAUAGAUAAAAUCAGGUUUAUAAGUAUUAUGGGCGGUUCAUUCAAUGGAUUAGGUAAUAAAAAUCCAAAUCAAUCUGCAGAGUUUAAUAUUUGGAUAGAUCCACACGCGGCAGAAUUUGUAUUAACUAAUCCAUUAAUAGCCCCAAAAUGUAUUUUAUCACCAUUAAAUUUGACACAUAAGGCUAUCGCCACUAAAGAGAUCAUUGAAGAGAAAAUAUAUCCACCACAACUACAUAAGGAGAAGUUGAGGACUCUAUUCUAUGAAUUAUUUUUGUUUUUCCAAAAAACAUAUAAAGAUGUUCAAGGUUUUACCAAUGGUCCACCCAUACAUGAUCCAAUGACUCUUUACCCCUUGUUACAAUUUUAUAACUAUGAAUCAAGUGAUGUUGUGGGAUUCAAAUAUAUGAAAAUGGAUAUCGACAUCAUUACGGAUUUGAACAGUGAGGAUGCAGGAAUGAUUUUUUCUAUAAAAGAAUAUGAUGACCCAUUCCAAUCAAGUGAUGAUGAAUAUGAGGAUGGUGUGCAGUAUCAAAACUUAACUACAAGUCCUGGUGUGAUUAUUGGGUACGAUAUUAAUAUUGAUUAUUUUUGGAAACAAAUACUCAAUUGUUUGACGCUGGCUCAGAAAUCUUCAACAAUUGAAGGUUAA